GCGGCCCAAGCGAUCAGCUCGCCUCGAGGAACACACUUGGAAUUCGCAAUAUGUCUUCGGAUGCUGGCUCUCGAAGAGCUGCACCUAAGCAGAAGAAAACUUACGGGAAAGGAGUCAAGUCCCAUCUCUCUGGAUGGUUUGGUCGAGAUUUGUGGAGUGCAGUUGAGCCUACUGUGGUCUCUAGGAAGAAGAAUGGGGAUAAGAGAGUAACCGCUGAGGACGACGAACUGGCAGAAAAACAGCUUGUCGAUGAACAGAAACAGAGAUUGUCUUCUGAUACAGACAAGAGCGUGGACGGAGGUGUUAAACUGACGGCCCCUGUCACUGUCGUGCAGGAGGCGCCUGUUACAGAGGCAGCCGUCCUUGACGAGGUGGAGGUGAGGGAGGUGAAGGUGUUAGGAGAUGGAGAUUUCACGGACUUGGAGGCGGAAAUAGAUGGGAUCUUGGAGAGCAUGGGAAAGCUCGACGUCCAGACCUCCCAUGAUCAGACUGCAACAACGAUAGCAACGAUUGACCUUACUAAUGGUGCUGCAGAAUUGGAUCCUGAAGCUAGGAGCAUAUAUUCUCUUUCUUCCGUCCAAUUCAAGGAAAACUCGGAUAAGGAGAACGAAGAACCACAGUCAACACCGCCCUUGCCUCCCAUUCAUAACGGCGUACGCAGCUUCCGCAGGAAGCCGCCUGCAUCGGCGGAGAACUCACCCCGGGACGUUCUCCGUGAGCGGCCAGUAUCACCUGAUGGAUUUACGGUUCUUGAAUCACCGGCCAGGAAAAAUGGUGUUCGGAAGAGGGGAGCGAGGAGAUCGGUUAUAUCUACGCAGUCGCCCGCUCCGUCACCGCUUAGGGAGGAGGGGAAGAAGGGGCUUCAAGGCGGUGGAGAUGAGGGUGAAAUGGAGAAUCCAAUUACUGUGUGGGAAGACGAAGGUAUGGGGGCUAUUAGGGUUGGGCCGUUGGUGAAUCUGCUUGGACGGAAGGCUUCCAGAGUAGAGCUACUUGAGAUCCCGGAUUCCGAAGAUGAAGGUGAAGAGGAAGAUGUGGCAGCAAUCGUGGUAGAGCCGGUCUAUUCUCAAUUGAGUGAGGAGAGCCCCUCAAAGGUGCUAGAUGAGGAAGACAAAGGGUUGCCUGUUAUUGAUCUGGAGGAGGUUUGUUCAGCAAGGGUAUCGGAGAAGUCUCACGAGGAAGGACCCGUCUCAUCCGCCGGAUCAUUGUCAACGGAGCAUCUUUUACGUCUUUGCACAAACGCCUCAAUUCUCGAUUUUGAGGAAUAUAUCAAUUCGCUUGCCGAAACCUCUUCAAUCCGAAAACUAGGCGAGGCUUCCUACAGCGAAGUUUUCCUUCAAUCAACCCCCGGAUCACUGACUACAACGGUCCUCAAGAUUAUCCCUUUCGGUGGCCUGGACCAGUGUGAGCUUGAGAGCAUUAUCCAGGAGGUCCGAAUUACAAAAGCUAUGGGUGAUAUUGAAGGCUUCAUUGGCUUUCGUGGCGCCUUUGUCGUUCAAGGUUAUUUCCCCCAACUUCUCAUGGAUGAGUGGGGUAUAUAUGACGAGGAGCGUGGCUCCGAGAAUGAGAGGCCAGAUUUCUACGCGGAGGAUCAACAAUUUGCUAUCAUAUGCCUAGAGAAUGGAGGUACUGACCUGGAACAUUUCGAUUUGGAGGGGUGGGAGGAAGCAUGGGGGGUCUUCUGGCAAGUGACGCUAGCACUUGCAAGAGGGGAGAAAGAGAGGGACUUUGAGGUAUGACUUAUAGUCCAAUUUAUAACAGGGUGUGACUAAGGCUUUGACUAGCAUCGCGAUCUACAUUAUGGAAAUAUUGUAAUUCAGAGAGUAUCCGAUGACAAUGAUUCCGCAGAAGAACUCUUGGGAGAACUUUCACUUCAGGACUCGGACUCUGAACAGCCUAAGAAAGAACCUACCGGUGUGAAACAGGGAGGUACCAAACUCGAUGUCGCCUUAAUCGAUUACACUCUUUCCCGUGCAGUCUGCGGAAACGGCGAAGACGGGGACGUCAGUGUAGAAUUCGCCCCUCUAGAUGAUAACGCCCUCUUUACAGGCAGGGGUAAUAAUACAUCACUUCAUGCCCUCUAUCUCCAAGGCGUCAUUAUUACUAGGCUAACGCAAUGUUUUACAUCUAGGCGACUACCAAUUCGAUAUCUACCGCUUUAUGCGUAGCCACCUCCGCACUGGCCUUGCAGACCCUUCCGAGGAGUGGAUAGACUGGAACGUUUACACUCCAAAGACCAACACAUAUUGGCUCCACUACCUAACCAACAUUCUCCUGAACAGGAAGCAAAUUCCACGACCCGCCGCACGAGGCAAGAACGCCGCUACAGGGGAGCAAAGGAAGUGCUAUAAGAACUUGGAAACGGUCACGAAAGUACUCGACCCACGUAAGCGCAAGUUUGGAAAGGAUCAGGUUGAUUGUGGGAGUGCGGUGGAGUUUGUAGAGUGGGCUGUUAAGGAGGGUAUUUCCGAAAAAGGGAUUUAGUCAGUUACACUGGCUUAGUUUGGCAAUUUGCAAAGUCGUGUGUUUGUACGUGUUUGUGUGCGUUGUGGGAAUUAAGAUGGACUUGUAUUUGAAUGGAUGGGUGAGUGGGUGGGUGGAAUGGACUGGCGCCCGGGGUCUGUGCGAGUUUUGCAAAUUUGCUGUUUUUUAUUCCCUUCGUUUUCUUUUCUCAUUCUGGGCUUGUGUGGGUUAUGCAUAUCUCGUUUUCUUGAAGUGGCGCUUGGAGGGAUUAGCGUAUGCUGGUCUGGACGAUGGAAAGAAACCCGGGUAUGAAUAAAUGGGUCAAGUUGAGGUGGAAAAAGACUCUGUUUUUUGUUUUUGUCCGCAUUGGCGAUUUUGGAUUGGGGUUUGUGAGAUGUUAUUCAGUUUACGAUAAUUCAUUAUCGGUAGUUGGGUAGGUUCGAGAUGUUUGUUGGUGAACUUGGGGUGCGUAGGUGAGAUCUCAUAAUAUAUUGUGUGGAUGGUAAUGGUAAGCAGCGGUGUUACUCGCGCUUGACUAGGACACUGGUGUUGGAGAUAGCAGUUGAUGGCCUCACUUGGUGUGGGAUGCGCUCAUACAUGGAGGCUUCAGUAGUAUAUG